CCGCGCCCCGCCCCGCGCCCAUUGCUCCGCUCCGCACCGCUCCGCGCCCCGCUCCGCGCCCAUUGCCCCGCUCCGCACCGCCCCGCGCCCAUUGCUCCGCGCCCAUUGCUCCGCCCCGCCCCGCGCCCCGCUCCGCGCCCAUUGCUCCGCUCCGCACCCCCGCCGCGAUGCUGGGGCUGCUGGCGCUGCUGGGGGCGGCGGCGCUGCUGGCGCUGCUCGGGGGGCGGCGGGCGGCCCCCCCCGGCGCCUGGGCGCCGCUGAAGCGCUGGGCCCUGGGCUGCCUCCUGCUCUUCCUCGGCGCCUGGAGGCAGCGGGCGGCCGGCGGAGCUCCCGCCGAGCCACGGCGGCCGCGCCCGCUCCGCCCCGACCCCCACGCGCUUGAUUCCGUUUACUUCACCGGCUUUGCGGAGACCACCAAGACCUUUGUCAUCACUCGUCUUGCCAAACGUCCUAAUGGGGUCUGUGAGAUGUGGCUCUUCCUGAGGGUGGAUGGAAUAGGAGAGUUUGAACACCCACAACAUCCAAACAUGAUGGUGAGUGAUGAAUCAGAAGAGAUUUGGAGUGGAGGAGGGCUCACUGUUGAGUACGUAGAGCCCCAAGCACGCUGGAGAAUAAGCUUCGACGGAUUACUCAGAAAAGGACCCUACCGACAGCAGUGGAGUGAGGAGGAAGGCGAACUUGUACCCGUUAAAUUCUCUAUCCAUUGGGAGAACUUCACAGAAGUCUUUAACUUUAGUGUCGACAGUCACCCCAGCACAUUUGCACACGCUUUUGCCCAGGAACCUUGGACCAUCGAGUUCUUCCAGAGGGUCAAAAAGCAAAGGGAACAACAUUUCCGACAUGAGCAGUGGGGUCAGUCUGUUGGAGAAAUUGAAAUAGAAAAUCAUGAGAAAACUGAACUUUCCCUCAAAGGCGUUCGGAGCCACUCUUAUGGUAUCAGGAACUGGUCUGAGAUUUACCGGUAUGUCAUGAUUCUGGCACGCUUUGAGGAUGGGACUGCAGCACAUUUAACAGUUAUUAAUAUGCCAGCCACCACAACUAACCUCACUGUAGGUUAUGUCUUUUUCCCCGAUGGGAGGAAGGCUGGCAUUGAGUGGUCCAACGCCUCGCUGGCUGAGAUGGCUGAUGACGGUGUUAUCAAGGAUGAAUAUGGAGUCAGUUUCACUGCCGGUGGCAAGUACUUUGAUGUUUCUGCAUCGCUGGAUAAGCAGGCCUGCCCCAUGGUGUAUAACGGCCUGACUGGAAGAGGCGUUUUCCACGAGUGCAUUGCAGGUUUCCGACUGAACGCGUUAACGCAAGGCUGGGGCUUGGUUGAAUUUUAUUACAGGGACGAAGCCUCCCAGCUGGUUCCGAAUUUGCAGCUUGGUUCAAAAGCCGAAGGGACCGACCUUUCCUCCUGGCGCCCUGCGACUGACGGCUCUCCCCCGUGAGCAUCUGCAGGCUUGUCCCAGCGACGUUAGCAAGCGGCAGCUUUCAAAAAAACCCCAUUAUUCCCCACAAAAUGCAGAGUUUUGAGUGUGGAACUCAUCACAGGAUGCUGCAGAGGUCGAGGGUAUAAAAGGAUUUGGAGGGAACUGAGGUAUAUUUUAGUUGUGCAGCUCUUAGUGGUCACUAAUCAUGGUGGUCUGGAGGCAAUUUAAAGGAGACCUCUGGACAGCUGGUUGCAGGAGGAGUGCACUAGGAGGGGUCGCUCUACGCUGUCUUUCGGUAUUUUUCCUAAACUGCCAGCCGCUCUCCACCGUGAAGACCAGGACGCUGGGCUAUGUGGAUCCCUGACCCAAUUUAGCAGUUCCUCUGUUCUUUCGGAUUUGUUUUUGAAAUAAAAGCUCUCUUUCUGAACCA